CUUAGAAUCAUGUUAGAUCUUUGUCUUGAACAGAUAGUGAUUAGGAAGUACAUUGUCAAGACAAAAUGAAGCAUAUUGUAAAGAUUAUGUCUUUGCUAGUGGCCAUCUCUGCCUUUUGGAUUGGCCUCUUAGAGACUUCAGUGGUUCCACGUAGUUAUGCUUGGUUGUUACAUUUCCUUUCUGCCAUUUCUUCCCAGCUACCAGUCUACUUUAUUGUAUCACUAGGAUGCUAUGGUCUUCUAAUGGUUGGAAUUGGUUUGAUGAGGUUUCCAACGUGUCCGCAAGAAGCAGGGCUGCUACAACAGGACAUAGUAGAAGCCAAAGAAUUCUUGAAACAAAGAGGGUUUGAUGUGGGUUGUGAUUAAGGCCUCACAGAAGCUUUUUCCUGUGGUGUGGAUAAAAAGAAGAAGCCAAGUGAUUUGGAGAUGGAGAGGAAAUUCCUUGACUUUUCUUAAUCCAGAGAAGUUAGAGAAAAUAUUA